AUGCCGACUCCCGUUCCAGAGACCUGCAACUUCCCACGAACAGUUUCAGACAGGCGCAAUCCUGCGCUUCCGCUGUCACCACCGAUGCUGCCGCCGGUAGCAUCAUCGCCACUACCGCGACAAACAUCACCGCAGGCGCCAUCUCCGCUCUCGCCCACAAUGCCCGGCAUCUGUGCGGUUGAACGUCACGUCGUACCCGGGCCAAGUACACCACCUGUUUCCACAUCACCGUCGAUGGUCACCAUCAAUAUCGUGACAUCUCCGAACGUCAUGCUCAGCGUUGCUUCGAGCUCGCACGAUGCACCGACAGGAAGCUUGUCUUCUCAUUGUGAGCUCCAUGUGCCUUCCGGCGUGCAUGUGCCUGCUGCAAUGCCUCAACCCACAGCUUCGCUGGCGCCACGUCGUACGGCCGUAGCGCACGUAGUGCAUGGCACCGCAGCACCAAUGGCAACACCGUCGUCUUCCCUUGUGCCCCAGAAUUCACCACUCACUCCUCAGGCUCUGAAGUGGGCUGCACUCGCAAGUAAGCAUGGUGAUGAGCGGCUUCGUCGACAUGCACAGUGGGACUUCCAUGGUGAGUGGCUGCCAUACUAUGAGUACCAACCGGUCUGCCAGAUCACCGACAUAUGGACGGAAUGGGCAGAGGGGAUCGGAAAUUAUCUGCCGGUGCAGUUGCUGUGUGAAGAGUGGGGUGCGAAGUGGCGUCGGAAUGUGCCGAAGUUGAAGACGGAGGCGAAUCGUCGCAUGAGCGUCGUCCAGCUUGUGGAGGCUCUACAGAAGAAACGGAACUGGCAUCUCAACAUCGCGCUGCACUUCCUGCAUGAAAAGUAUGAGCCUCAUUACACUCCACACCAGUUCUGCGACUUCUUAAAGCAUGAUCAUCGUGCGGGAGCUGAGUCUGUACUUGCAGCAGCAGCGUAUUACCCGUAG